GCAUGCACAGGAGCCGGGCAGGGGGCUGCUCCGUGCCCCGCUGCUGGCCUCCAGAGCUUCCUGUCUCAGUGGAAUCGAAGAGCCCUCAGCGAAAGAGAUCUCCAGACUGGCCUCAGCGAGAGACGUGCCAGCGACCUGGUGAUUCUCCUGGGAACUCCCGAAGGGCCUGUCAUGCUCCGCCUAAGCUGGGGGGCAGCCCGCAGCCCCCCUGAAAGCACCCAUCCUCCUCCGCUGAGCCCACCUGGUCCCAAACCCGGCGAGGUGGCACCAGGCCCCCUGGGCUGCGGGCACUCUGCCACACCGCGCCCACGGGGCCCUCCAGGGAGACGGGCGGUCAGCAGCCUGUCAGAACGGAGCAGCCCGCCCCCCGACAGGUGCCGCCAUCCCCCCAGGCCCUGUGCCCACACGCAGGGGCCGGCCCCCCGUCCACCGGAGCUCCUGCGGGGGCAGGGACAGCAGGUGCCCAGCAGAAGGGGCCAGGCCCGGGGAGCGCCCCAGUGGCCCAGUGGUUACAACUCCCGGCUUUCGGGGCCACGGCCCGGGUUCAGUCCCUGGUCUGGGAACUCCCGCCAGCCUCGUGCCAGAAGACAGAGCGCCAGGUGUUGUCAUGGCCGCUGUAGGGACGCGGCAGCCUCAUCUCCGGGGGCCUGGGGCGUCCGAGUCAGCGCAGCCAGGCAUGCGUGGCCCUUCCAGGCUCCCUGA